UUAACAUUCCCGAAGCUACGGGGAAAAACGAGGGAGGCGGAGGAGGCGAGGCUAUGGGAAUUUGGGAGGCGAUGGCUUCCACUGCCGACGGCGUCAGGCGUCGGCUUCCAGAUCCGGCCCCUAUGAAGAAAGCCUGCACUUCCGUUUAUGGCCUCGGCACCGCCACUGUCAAUGCUGUUCGUGCCGCCUCGCCGGAUCUUUCCGCAGCCUCCGCGAUUUGCCGGCGAUCCGCCUCCUGGAUUUACCGGACCGUGCGCGUCGAUGCCCCGCGUCAGAUCUCCACCGCCUUAUCGGACCCAGAUGGCCCGAAUCGGAUCGCCCGCACCACAUUGAAUCUUCUUGAUCAUGCCCUAGAGUACGGCACCCGACCAUACACAGGCGGGAUCCCCGCGUACAGAAUCUUGAAAGAGGGUUUGUUCUAUAGCGACCACCCGACUGCGGCGGGGAAGGAGUUGAAUGAUCUGAGGAGGCGACUGAAGAAGGUGGAGGAGUUAGAGGCUGCGAGAGGAGCAGAGGGGGCAGCGGCGGAGGGCAUUGUGGGGUCUGCUGCUUUGCGAUAUGAUCACCAUAUGAGGCGUGCGAGCAAUCCUGCAGAUGUGAUUGAGUCGUUCAUGAUGAGCGGGUUCAGAGGCGGAGACUUCAUCAACGAGCAGGUGGUUCCGGUCGUGGACGAGAAUCGGAGAAGAGCCGGAAGGGAUUUUCCUGUUGUGAGCUGAACUUAAUUGCUAUCGGUUUGUUCUCAUAUACCUCUGAAUGUUGAUUUCUUUCUUCUUCUUUGUCUUCGUUGAUCUGCUUGAUAUCCUAAACUGUGUUGAAGCUUGUUGUUAGUAGUUGAUGAAGAUGGGCGAUCAUUGCUACUUUAAA